ACCUCGUUCACCAUUCCGGAAGAUGUCAUCUUCAGCACUCGCCUUCGCCACGACAUACAACAUAAUCUAGAACCAACAGUAACAUCUAACAUAGAUCUAAUAAUCUAUAAUCAUUAAUCUUCAAUCAACAAUGUACGCCCUCACCACCAUCGUCUCCGUCCUGGCUCUUGCCGCGAACCAGGUCCUCGCCAUGCCAGCCGUCAAGUUUCUCCGCUACACUUCCGAAUGCGCUUCGACUUACACCGUGCUGUCGGGUGACACAUGCAACGCCAUCAUUAGCAAAUUCAACAACAGCUUUACUCUAGACCAAUUCUACUCCUGGAACCCCGAAGUAGCCAAGGACUGCUCGAACCUGUGGCCCGGCGAGCAGGUGUGCGUGGCGAUCCAGAAGGAGCCCAGCCAGCCGGGCUGCCCGGCGCCGACGGCCACGGGCAUCUCCGCCAGCUGCAACGCCUGCUACCACGUCGUCGAGGGCGACAACUGCUGGGCCAUCACCCAGUCCAAGCACAUCUCCCUCGACGACUUCCGCAAGUGGAACCCGUCCAUCGACGCCGCCUGCUCCAACCUCCAGCUCGGGUAUAACUACUGCGUCGGCGUGAAGGCUUAAAAAGGAAAGGGGGAAAGGGGGAAAGAAAAGGAAAAGGAAAAAAAAAAAAAAGGAAUUGCCUACCAGGUACCUAGGGAAGGAGGUAUAGCCGGGGAGAGGAAAGCAGAGCGGAAUGAGAGUGAU